AUCAUCUGGGGCGUCGUGCUCCUCAUGAUGAAGUAACACCUCGUUCACGCUUCAAAUUGACACCUUUCGCGGCACAGGUGAAGUGCACCUCGCGAGUGUGUCCGACGGCUCCUGAAGGCAGCACGCGUCCCCGUGAGCGGAGGCCGUUGUUCCUCCUCCUAUCAGCGCCAUUGUGCGACCGAGUCUCCGGGAGAGAGGACGGCUCGUGCCUCGGUUGCCGACGGGACCGUUUAAAUACCCUCCAUGUUUCUCUUUCAAACUCCGGCGGACCUGGACGCGAUAUAUGUUCGGUAAAGGUGCGAAGCGGAAGCUGGACGAGGAUGAAGACGGACUGGAAGGCAAAACGCUGGAGGCGCCCGUGGCGGCGGGGCUGCUGGGCGCCGUGCCGGAGGGCCUGUCUAAGGUGUCGUACACCCUGCAGCGGCAGACCAUCUUCAACAUCUCCCUGAUGAAGCUGUACAGCCAGCGGCCGCUCGGCGAGCCGCGCCUGGAGCGCCGCGUCCUCAUCAACAACAUGCUGCGGCGCAUCCAGGACGAGCUCAAGCAGGAGGGCUCGCUGCGGCCGCUGCUGCUGCCGCCCUCGCCGCCGCCCGACGACCCCAUGGACGAGGGUUUCCGCGAGGCCCCGCCCUCUUUCGGCGCUCUGGCCGCUGCGGCGCAGCCGUCCCAGCCGUUGGCGCUGCUGGUGCCGGCGAUCAUCCCGCCGCCUUCCCCCCACCCUAUGGCGCCCCCUGGAUGCCAGGCGCCUCAGGCCUGCCCCGCCCCUCUGGAAUCCUGCCUGACUCCCGCCUCUUUGCUGGAGGAGGACGGCGCGGAUUCAGCCUUUUGUACUCCUUCCCCGCCCACUCCUCCUCUGUCGCCUGCCUCGGCGCUGCCCCCUCCGUUACCUUCGGCCCCCAAGGGCCCAGCGCCGGCCUCGUCCGGCGGCGAUUCCUCCCCUGUUCUGAGUGACAUGGAGUUAGAUCCUCCCACAGCCAUAACAAGGACAGCAGCAGCUAAUACUACGACCGUGACUACCUCCCCGGCUCUCACCCAGCCCCCCCACCUCCAGCCCGCGGGCCCCACCCGAGACAGCAGGACCUCGGGUGCUAAACCAGAGGCAGCUGGCGUCUUGCUAGCGGAAGCUCGCUGCGGCGAGCUCCGGCCAAUGGACGCUCUGCCAGCUCCCCCCGCUCCUCCCCCCGGUGGCUUAGGAGACAUUUCCCCCACCUCUUCCUCGCCCUCCUCUCCCUCUGGGUUUCUCUCAGACUUGGCGCUGGACGACGUCCUGUUUGCCGACAUCGACACGUCCAUGUAUGACUUUGACCCCUGCACGACUGCAGGGGCCGUGGGCGCGGCGGCGGGCGGGGGCCUUACCAAGCUGCCGCCCAUGGUGACGACGGACGACCUCCUCAAGUCUCUGGCGUCGCCGUACAGUGGCCCCGCCCCCCAGGUCUCAGCCAAUCAGCCUUUCAAAAUAGAUCUGACGGAACUAGACCACAUCAUGGAGGUGCUGGUGGGAUCGUGACUGGCGGACACCAGAAACACACAAACAAUUUAACCCCAGACGGACAGGCGAUAAACUUGUUGUGCGUGUUUCCUGGUCGAUUUUUUUUUUUCUCUAUUCCUUUACUUUUUUUAAACUCUUUUCAAAGGUCCGUAAUUGUAAACAUCGAUGGUGAUGUCAAUUAGUACUACUAUGACAACUACUACUACACAACACUGUGCACUGUGCUCGCCUUUCCAAAUAUGGAAAUGAAGUAACUGGGAAACGCAAAGACACAGGUUUCUAUUCCUAUACUUGUGAGGACCUUCUUUUGGCUCUAAUGAAUUGCCUCAUCCUGAUUUUAAACUGAGUUUUAAUCUUUAACCUAAGCCUUAACCCUGUAAAUAGAAAACCAUGAGGACCGGCAGAUUGUCCUAACUUUGGGGGUAUUUUUGCAAUCAUUCUAUUGUUGUGAGGACAUUUACCCCUCACACGUAUAGUAAUACUGAUCACACACAAAACACACUGAAUUCAUGGCUUUUUAGCAGAUGAGUGCCUUUCAAAAUGACCACUUCUUCAAUUCCUGUUUUUACGGUAUUUUCUUUUCACAUUUAUUUUCUCACGUUUUUUAUUUAUUGUAUUGCGUUCAAACUAUUAUUAAGUAAGGUCAUUUCUGAUGAACAGAACACCUUUUAUUUAAUCUUUAUCCUAUUACAGAUGCUAUGUUUUUAUGUGUAAAGCGAGCAUCAAACAAGGUAUUUAACGAGAAAUAUGCCGCAUUACA